AUGAAUAACAAUAAUAAUAGUAAUAAUAGUAAUAAUAAUAUUUGGAAAAAAAACAACAACAAUAAUAAUAACAAUUAUAAUAAUAAUAAUUACAACCCUAAUGACAAUAAUAAAAAUUUGACAAAAAAUUUAUUUUUUAAUAAUAUAGACAAUGAAUUCAAAAAUGUUUAUGGAAAAAAAAAUAUGCAAGGACAAAAAAAAAAAAAAAAUAAUGUUGCAUAUGAUACUUAUGAUAAUAAUGAUAAUAUACAUGCUUCAUCACAAUACAAUCCUUUUAUAAAUAAAAUUUAUAAUAAUAACAAAUAUGUAGAUAAUAAUACACUUAAUAAAAAACCUUUCCACAAUAAUACAGAUAAUAAAAACCAAGGUGUUCAUUAUAAUAUAUAUGAAACAAAUGAAUAUAAUAAAAAUAAUUUUAGAAAUAAAGGUGUAAAUAAUAAUUCAUAUAGUUACAAUAAUAAUUAUACCAAUAAUAAUUUAUAUAAUAAUAAUAAUAAUCUCAGUUUGAAUAAAAUUAAAUCUACUAAUUCAAAUGUAUAUAAAAAAAUUACAAAUAAUUCAAAAAAAGGACAUUAUCAAAAUAUAUAUACUACUGAAGAUAAAAAUAAACAAAAUUUUAUAAAUUCAGAAAGCUCGAAUUAUAUAAAUACAGAUAAUGUGUAUUCUUCCAAUGUAGAUUAUAUGACUAAUAUAAAUAAAAAUGAUACUAGAAAUGUUUAUAAUUUAUAUAAAAACCAUUAUAAUAAUAAAACAAAAGAUAAUACAAGUAAUAAGAAAAUAGUUGAUUAUUCAUAUGAUAAUAAUCAAACGGUUUAUAAUAAUUCAAAAUAUGUAUCUACUACGACAAAUAAUAUAACUAAAGAAGAUACACAAAAUAUAGAAGAGAUAGAUAAUAAUAAAAAUUAUUUAUAUAUGAAUGAAAAAAAUGAUAAGACUUAUCAUCAGAAUAUACAAAAUAAUUUGAAUAAUACACAUACAUUAUAUAACAAUUAUAAAAAUGUCCCUUUAGAAAGGGAUCACAUAAAUAAAAAUAAUAAUAAUAAUAAUAAUAAUAAUAAUAAAAACAAUAAUCAUAAUAAUCAUAAUAAUCAUAAUAAUAAUAAUAGUGAUAGUGUUCAUGAUAUAUUAUCACAUUGUAUUAAUAUUCUAUCAAAUGAUAAAAGAGGAAUACAUGAUAUGAAAAUGUUUUAUCAAAAAAAAUUAAGAGAAAAAAGCAAUAACGAAACUAUUAAACAUGUAUUAAACAAAAUAAACGAUAUUACUAUAAAAUAUAAAUACGAUGAAAAUAAUAUAAAUUUUAUUCUGAAAGAAAUAUAUGACCUACAAAAAGAAUUCAAAAAUAAUGAUGGCGUGAGCAAUUUUUCUACAUAUAAUAAAAUUGUAAGAAGUAAUAUAUAUCAAACAAAUAAAUACGUUAAUACCAAUAUAUAUGAUCAUGGUUAUAAUAAAAAUAAUACAGAGAAAACAAAUGAUGAGAUACAACAUAUGACAUAUAAUCAUGAUAAUUAUAAUGAUGUAGAUUUUAUAAAUAAUAAUGUAUAUAAAAAAAAAGAUAAUGUACUUGUUACCAAUACAAAAACAUAUCAAGGGUUAUAUAAAUUAAAAAAUAAUAUACAAAAUAUAAAUAUUAUAGAAAAUAAAAUAAACAGUGAUAUAAAAAAAAAAUGUGAAAAUAUACUUAUAUACAAAUAUUAUAAAAAACAUGAAGAAUAUAAAAAAAAAUGGCAAGAAAUUACUUACAAAUGUAAACAAACAAAUGUUUUAAAUUUAUUUAAUCAAGUUGAAACAAAAAUAAAAGAUAAUAUUAAAAUUUUAGAUAUAUUCAAAUUAUAUCUAUUUCCUAAAAAUAAUUAUAUUCAUUAUAAAAAUAUUUUUUAUACUAAUUAUAAAAUGAUUAUAAUUCAUAAUGUUAAAUUUAUUUUUCUACAGAAUUUAUUUUCAUUUCAUAAAAAAAUCAAAAAGGAUGUAUCAAAAAAUACACAACAAAUAAUUAAAAAUAAUUUAAAUAAAGAGAAAGAAAAAAAUGAUCACAACGAUGAUAAUAAUAAUAAUAAUAAUAAUAAUAAUAAUUACAAUAAUAAUAAUAUUUAUAAUAAUAAUAAUAAUUGUGAACAGAAUGAUCAAGAAAGUGAUGAUUUCAUAUCAAACAUUAAUUCCAUAUCCUUACCAUUACCCUUUGAAAAUUUUUUUCUUUUUUUUAAAAAUUUCUAUUCAAUUACUGAUAAUUAUAUAAAUAACAUGUGUCUUUUUUUAAUAUACAAAAUUAUUAUUAUGAAUGAAGAUGAUGAAGAAUAUGCAAAGUAUUAUAACUUAAUAUUAAAUAUAUUAAAUAAAAAUACAUUAAUAUUAUUUUUAUUUAUUCUAAUAAGUCUUAUGAAAAAUUAUAAUAUGAAAAAUAACUAUCUUGUAAAUCUAAUAGAACGUAUAUUACCAAUAAUAAUAAAACCAAUCAAAAAUAAUAAUACUAUAAAAAAAAAGACAUAUACAAAAAAUAUGAUGAAGAAAAAAAAAAAAAAAAAAAAAAUUUUAUUCAAUAUUCUUUAUUUUAAAUUAUUCCGUUUAAUAUUUGAAAAAAUUGAAACAUAUCAUAUAUAUAAAAAACAUUUACUAUUAACAUUUUUAAGAUAUAUUAAAAAUUUUUUAUUAAAUAUAUGUUCUUGUAUUUUAAUAACACAAUAUAUAUUUAUCAAAUGUGUUGAUUUAAUCAACAAAUAUAAUAAUCAGGAAUAUAUAUUAAUCAAAACAUUAUCCUUAGAAAUAUUCUUACAACUAUGGAAUAAUGAAUCUGUAAAAAUAUUUUUAUUUAAAAUGGGAAAAUCAAUAAUGCGUUUUUUAAUGUUCAUAAGUAAUUUAGAAUAUAUUCAUAAAAAUAUACUCACUUUAUUAUUAUCUUCUAUAGAAAAUAAUAAUCAAAUAGAUUUAAAAGAAAAAUUAUCAAACCUUAUAUGUAACAAUAAAAACAAUAUUUUACAAACAAAGAAAAUAAAACAUUAUAUAAACAAAUUUCAGAAAUCAACAAAAAAAAAAUGCUUCUUAUAUAUAUCAAAUCAUAAAUAUACAAAUAAUAUUAAAUUAAAUAUGAACAAUUUUGCUUACAAACAAGAAGUAUUAUUAGAACAUAUACAUUUAGAUCUUAUAAAAACAAAUAACACCUUACAAUAUAAAGAAGAAGAUAUGUCACUACAAAAUAAUAUAAAAGAAUUAACAAAUAAUAAAAAUGAUUUCCCACCAAAUUUUAAUAUAAAUAAUAUUAAAAAUUUUACCUUAUUCGAUUUUAUAUUUCAAAUAAACAAUUAUUUUAAUUAUUAUAAAAUUCUUUUAUCUCAUUCAGAAAAAGAAUGUAUACAUUUCUUAAUGCACUUAAAUGAUAAAACUAAUAAUAAUAGUAAUAAUAAUAAUAAUAAUAUGUAUCAUUUAAAUCUAUUUUUUAAUUUAUAUAUAAAAGAUAAUAUCAACAAUUUAAUUCAUGAUAAUAAAGUUAUUUAUUAUAUAGAUUAUAUAAAGAAUAAAGAUAUAAAUAAACAUAAAUUUCUUAACACACAUAAUUUUUUUAAAGAAGCAAAAAAGAUAUAUACAUUGGAAGGUUGGAUUUAUGAUAACAACUCUGAUGAUUUAUUCAUUCAUCAUAAUUAUAUAGAUGAUGUGAACCCCCCUCAUGAUCAUCAUAAUAAAUAUAUUAAUAAAAGAAAAUAUGACAACACUUUAUUAAGUAAUAAUAAUUUGAAAAAAAAUAAAAAACAAAAUGUAUCUGACAAUAAUGAUGGAAACAUAAAUGACAACUGUGUUGAUAAUGAGAAUAAAAUGGAUACUAUUGAUUAUAAUAACAGUGAUGAUAAUAUCGUGUCUUAUGGAAAUGAAAAAAUUAUUUACGAUUUACAUGAUAUUAUAAAAAUGAACAAUUCUGCAUUAUCAAAUAUAUAUUGUUCUCACAUAAGGUUAAGUUUUUUUUUCCCUCUUCUGUUUUAUAAAGCUUAUUAUAUUAAUGACUUAUUAUCAAGUUCUUUAUAUAUUUAUAGUAAACGAUUCAAAAGUUUUAAAAAAGAGAAUACAACGAAAAUUAUUAAGUUCAUGAAUUUAACAUAUAUAUCUCAUAUAUGUAUUGUAAAAUUUUUAAUCCAGUGGCUAAAGGAAAUUAAAAGUAUUCAUUCUAAUAUAUGCUUUAUAAAAAGAGAAAAUUUGAAAAAAAAUGAUAAAAAAACAGAAUCAUUAUAUUUUAAUAAACCAGAUUUUUUUGAAUGUUAUAAGUUAUUAGAAUAUUCCUUAAAAAAAGAUAUACACAUGACUAAUGUUUUCUUAAAUUAUUUAAACAAAAUAAUUCUGCAUUUUUAUGAAAAAAAAAGGGAACAUAUAGUUUUAAGUGUAAUUAUAACUUUGACUAUAUAUAAUUUCUUAACCUUCAUACAAAAAAAAAAAAAAAAAAAAGAAAAAGAAAAAAACAUACAAGAUAAUAAUACAUCAUAUAUUAAUAUAAACACUGUUGAUGAUAAUAAGCAAGUACAUUUAAAUACACAUCAAGAUGAUUAUCGCUUCAUCGAAGUAUUAGAAAAAUUAAAUAUAAAAGAAAUAUGCAAUGAAAUACAACAGAAUUGUUUAAUAGGACAUAUAUUAAAAGAAAAUAAUUUUUAUAUCGAUGAAAAUAUUUCUUUUAUUCAUGUUGAUGAUAUAUAUAAUUAUGAAUUAAAAAAUCAUAUGAAAUAUAUACCACAUAAUAUAAACAAAGAAAUGUUUCAUUUAAGUGAUUUUAAAAAACAUCUUUUUAAAACAGGAAUAUAUAAAAAAGUAGAAGUAAUUAAAAUAUUGAAAAAAAAUAUCGUAAAUAAUUUAUAUACAUCAGAGAUAUUAAAUUAUAUAUAUUAUAAUUCCUUAUAUUUAUUAAUUCAUCUUUUAUUGAAUAUACGUUUUUAUUAUAAUAUAUUUCAUAACACAUAUAAAAAAAGUGCAUAUUAUUAUAAUAAACAACAUGUGUGUUAUAUAACAAAGAUGCAAAAUGCUUUAAGCAUAAAUUUAAAGAUAAAAACAAAUCAGAUGGAACAUUUUAUUGACCAUAAGAAUCUAUAUAAGAAAGAUUAUAAUGAUAAGGACAAUAAUAAAAUCUUUUAUAAUAAUCACAGUAAAAUAUCUAGUGAUUCUAUUCAUUCCAUAAUAAUCAAACUAGAAAAAACAUCUUACAAUAAUUAUCUGAAAAAAAAAUUAUACAUAAAAAAAUUUUAUAGUAAAUUGAAAAAAGGUAUUAUUAAAAAUUUAAAACAUUAUGAACUAGCCAAUAAUAUUAAUAAAUAUAUAAAAAAUGUAAAAGAAGAUAAAUUAUUUUUAGAUACUAUAUUUAAGUUUGAUAAUUCCUCUUUCUUCUUAUUUCAUAUGUCAUUUCAAUUUGAUGAAUGUAUAUCCACAGAAAAUAUGAUAAGCGUGCAAAAUUCAUAUAAUGAACAACAUACAAAAUAUGUUGUUGAAAAUAUAAAAAAUAUAAAUAAUCAUCAAUUAGAACACUACGAAAAAAUUAACAACAUCAACAAUAAUGAUAAUAAUGAUAAUCAAAUGUUAUAUGAUCAGAAUAAUAGUUUUUUUAUGUACCUAUUUAAAAAUAUAAAAAAUGUAUAUUUAUUUGUUGAUCAAAUUAAUAAAAUGGUUUAUAAUAUUAUGCAUGCUGGUUUAAAUAUUUAUAAUACCAUUAUAUAUUCUUUUAAUAUGCAAAAUUUACAUGAUACAAAUAAUUUAUUUAUAAAUUUUUAUUUUUAUGAAAUAGCUACAAAUAGGUGUACAGAUAUUUAUAUGUGUCACAACAUUGAUGAUAAUAAAUAUUAUAAUAAAUAUCACAAUAAGAAUUUAUAUAUGGAUACUUUUAAUAAACAAAAAAAUUUUGAAAAUCAUAUAUCUUCUUUAUCAUCUAAUCUAAUUAAUACAAAAAAUAGUACAAGUAACAACAUAUGUGUCGAUCCAAAUCUAUUAUGUAUAUUUAAUUAUAAAGAUAUAAAAGAAGAUGCAAACAAAAAAAAAAAUAAUGUUUUAUAUUUUAAUGAGCUCAUAGAUUACAUUAUUUGUAGUAUUAUUCAAACUACUUAUAAGAAGGAAAAAAUUAUUUAUUGGUCUUCCUUUUUGUGUAACAUGAAGAACUAUUCGAUAAUAAAUUUUCAUUUAUUCUUUUAUUUAUGUUCAUUGUUAAAACAAAUUAACGACAUGAUAAAUACAAACAAUGAUAAUAAUAAUAAUAAUAAUAAUAAUGAUGAUGAUAAUAAUGAUGAUAAUAAUAAUAGUAAUAAUAAUAGUUAUAAUAAACCAUAUGAUUGUAUCCAUUCCAAAGUCAUUCAUAUUAUUAAGAAAAAAAUAAAAAUAUGUGAAGACAUAUUUAUAUUAUACUUAUAUAAAAUUGGACUCUUAUUAAAUAUCAGCAUUUAUGAAUCCUUCGAUCUUUUAUUUUCAGUUGUUUCCAUAAUAUUUAAUUAUGAGUUUUUUAAUUUUUAUAUGGAAAAAAAAAUUUAUACCUUAGAAGAAAAUAAUAAAGAACAUAUAAAAACAUUUGUUACAUGCAUACAAGAAGAAAUACAAUAUUUUAUUUCCAAUUAUGAUAUGUCCAUAUUUAUAGAAGGUAUUCAAUAUAUAAGUGAUGCUAUAUUUUUAAAUAAAAAAAUAAAAAUAUUAAUUUUUAAAAGUUAUGCUUUUCUUAAUACCAUUCUUCAUAUAUUACCCUUAAGCCAAAUAAUAACAGACAUGAAGCAUGAUCAUUAUAUAAAUAAAAUACUAGAUCAAAAGAAAAAGAAAAAAAAAAAAAAAAACACAGAACAUUAUUUACAAACAUAUUAUAACCUAUUUAAAAGUGAUAAUACAAAUGUAGAUAUAUCAUUACAAUCACAUGUUGAAGAAGAACAAAUAAAAAAUAAUUAUAUAAAUGAAAAUAAAAAUAUAGAUGAUAUAAAUACAAAUAAUGAUCCAUUUAAUUAUAAUUAUAUUUUAUCAAGCGAUUCAGAAAAAUUUAGUGAAUCAUCAACAGAUAUAAGCAUAUUAGAACACGAUAUAGAAAAUUUUAAAGGUACACAUAUCGAUGAAAAAAAUUUAGCUAGUCAUAUGAAAGAACAAAAAGAAAAUAAAUAUGAAGAAACAAAAGAUGAUACAAUAAAAACAAAUGUUUGGAUUUUUAAAAUUUUUAAAUUCUUUUAUUAUAGAUCUUUUAUGUGCUUUUAUAAAAACAAAUCACAAGAUGAACAUUUAUAUGAAAAGAAAAAAUGUUUCUUAUAUUUCUUUUUUCCAAAUAAAAAAAAAAAAAAUAAUAAAAUAAAUCAUAUAAGCCAACAGAUAUAUCAUUUAAGAAAAAUGUUAUUGAAAAAAUCAAAUUUUGCCUUUAUGUGUAAACAAGCAUAUAUAAUUAAAUGGAUAUGUCUUCGCAUGUUUAUAUUAAAAAAAUAUGAUUAUAAAAGAUUUAAUGUAAUUGAAUUGUUUCAAUAUAUUUAUAAAAAAUUACAUAAUAUUAAUAAUAAAGAAAUAUUUGAGUUUCAUCUUAUAUCAGCUGAUAAUUCUUUAAAUCAUUUUGACAGUAUAGACAUUAAAUAUAUAUUUAAUAUUUUUCUUAUUCAUAUAAAUAAAAUGAUAAAUUAUUUAACCAAAAAAUAUUAUGAAUUAUGUUCACAACAACAAAAAUGUAUUCAAUUUAUAAACACAAAACAUAUGUCUAAUAAUGAAAAUAAAGUUUUCAAUUUAUAUAAUCAAAUUAAUAAUAAUAUUAUUUCUUUUAUAAUCUCAUUUUAUCCAUAUUUAAUAAAAAAUAAAUUUUCAUAUGAUAUCUUUUUUAAAUUAUUUAAUAUAUAUUUUAAUAUGUAUAUCAUAAAUAAACAAACAAAUAAUAUUUCAUUACACUCUUCUAUAUAUCUUAUACUUUUCAUAUUUAUAAAACAUACAAAUACAAGUGUCUACAUGAUGUUUUCUUAUUUUACUAGUCUUCAAAAUUAUCUGCAAACAACAAAUUUGUUUCCAUUAUUUGAUUCUUAUUGUUUAAAUUAUGAAGGAGCAAAAUGUCACAUAAGAGAAAGCGUAGAAUAUUUCGUAGAACAUUUGAAUGAAGAAUUUUUCAUAUUAGACGAUAUAAAAAUAAUAUUUGAUGUAAAUUCGAUUUCCUUGUUUUAUCAUAUGUUAAUUAAUAUUUUUAGUUAG